UCUCCCACAGAAUCUGUCACUCUGUGGCAUUGUUAUUUAUAUUAUUUCCGUCGUAUCUCAAUUGCAAAUUACUUGUUUAGCAUUAUUUCAUUCUAGUUUUUUGUUAAUAUGAUACAAGAGAUCGUGCUCGGUGCAUGGGCGUUGCAUUUUUCGUAGUGUAUUCCGUAUCCAUUCGGUCCUUAAGCUGAUACUGCAAACAGAUCACCGAGGAUGACAUUGAUAGAAGGCGUGGGGGAUGAAGUGGUCCAAUUCAUGGCCGCGCUGGCGGUGGUGGGCGUCGGCAUGCUGGCCUGGUGGUCCACCAACGCCCGGCCGGAUCGCUACCGAACCGUGCUGGUCAUGAGGUCGCGCGCACAUCCAGUCACAGUCAGCAUACGGCCCAGUCCCAGGCCGGCUACAAUUGUCGCAAGUACAGUUGCCACGGUUUCUACGCCAGCUUCUACCUCUGAAUCAAAUGGGAGCACAGAGGAGGCGCCCCGGGACAGCUCCAGGGUGAUCCCCCUGCAGGAGAUGGACAGCAUCGUGGACGCCGACAUGGCCAUGAUGGACAACAAUCGCCUGCACUUCUACAGGAGGAUUGACUCCCCCCACACGCCGCUGCUGACACCCGAUUCAUCAGGCGACGAGGUAGAAGAGGAGCGGACACGCGCGGGCGCCGCGCAGAUGCAGGAGAUGGAUAGCAUCGUGAGCGCCAUGGAGGCCGACGUUACUGCCCGAGACUUGUUCACGCCAGAGGCAAACUCAUCCAAGGCUCUCGCUAAAGGUGACACAAAGGACAACAAAGAAGAUACCGAGCCCGCCGGCGCUGAGGCCGCCGCCGCCGCCGAGGCCGCCGACGCCGAUACCACGGACGCCGACGCCGACACCGCCGCGAGGAAGAUACUCAUCAAACUUAAAUAUCUUAACGAUACGCUCAAAGAGGUGGAGGGGAGUCUAGACGAGUUACUUAAGGACUUUAAAUGGCGGCACUUCUCCGUGGAGCUGUCAGCGGAGUCCCGCGUGCGCCUGAUCUUCAACGGGCGGGUGCUCCUCGACGAUGGGCUGACGUUACGAGCGUGCGGCCUGCACGACCGCGCCGUCGUGCACUGCCUAGUGCACCCCAAGCGCGCCGUGCCCGCACAGACUCUGAAUCCAGAGGAGACGGGCACGGCCGAGUUGGUGACGGAGGGCACGCCGCCGGAGCGCGCCUGGGACCUGGAGAACAUUCUCAUGACGCUCGUCUCCGUGGCCCUCACCGUGGUCUGGUUCUUCAGGUGCGAAUAUUCAAACAUGUUCACGGCGAGCGCGAGCGUGGCGCUGUUCGGGCUGACGGUGUUCUACAGCGUGGCCAUCUUCGGCCUGUACCUGUCCGACACCUUCCACUUCGAGCGGCGGCCGCAGCCCGUGCCCAACAACUAGACACCUUAUUAUCUAAGCCGUUAGGUCGUUUUCAGGCUGCGAUACUAAACCGAUAUAAGCGAUGAUGCUCAGCCCUGAUGGCUUAUUUCAGGGGUCGGCAACCCCGCAGUAGAAACUACCAGUUUUAGGAAUCUCAAAGGGUCGCAAUUGUUGUUUUCAGUGGUCUAAGAUGUGAUUUUUUUUGGUCGCUUGAAAUCGUACCUCCAAAGAGCCGCGGUUUGCCGACCCCUGGCCUACUUAAAUGAAUGGCAAGCUGGAGCAAUAAAGCCACAUAUAUUUGUCUCAUUUACCGGCGUUAUAGCCUUACCAAGGCUUGGUAACAACGAACCAUAUCUGGUCUGAUUACGGCCUUAGGAGCGUUGACAAUUGACAUUCUGGCUCCUAUUUCUCCACGAUGACAGGUGCGACAAUUCGACAAAUGUCACUGUAGCUGACGUCACAGGCAUCCCUGGGCUACGGUUACCGCUUACCAUCGGGCGGGCUGUAUUCCUGUUUGACACCAUCAUUGGUAAGUAAUAGGAAUUUCUCUUGCGAAGUUUAUGAUGAUGAUGAUGACAAUCGUCACAAGAUUUAAAAGAACUUUCGGUAAUUCUUGACAGGAAAUGAGUUCUGUGUCGGAAUUUCGUGUUUCUUGUGACAAUUGUCAUUAGCUUCGCAAAAUAUGUAAGUACUUAUUUAUUGGCGAUAUAAUGGAGUUUUUUUAAUUAAAAUGUAGGUGGCAAACAAGCACACCGCCCGUCUGAUGGUAAGCGGUUACCGUAGUCUAUGGAGGCCUGUGACGUCAGUAACAGUGAUGUCGACAAUUGUUGCACCUGUCACCGUGGUGAAAUAGGGGCCAGGUAGGAAUCAUUCGGAUAAAGGUUUUAUUUAACGCAGAAUCGACUGCGUCUUACUAAGGAAUCUUGUACAAUUAUUAACAUUACUAUUACGCAACCAGACAAGUUGAUUUAGUAUCAGGUUGCAGAUCCAGCCUCUUUGAAAUCAUUUUGAAGUCUACAUCAAAAUGUCAUCAAAAGUGAAAUACGGAUAUUAGCGGUCAUUAUACAGGAUAUCCCUAGUCAUUGGACAAAGCCGAAAUGUACAUAUGCAUUAGGGUAUUUAGAACCAGUGUACAAAGUAUCAUAACAAUCGUGGUAGUGGUUACGAAGAAAUUAACUAAUUACGAUUUUUUACUUUGGAGCAGCCUGUAUGUGUUAGUAGCUC